UACCUAUCAGCACGGACAGGUGAGAAGCUUGGUUGGGUUAUAAAAGGAUUCGGUUCCCAGUCGAAAAUCAAUCCAAUUUUCAAGUUCAAACCCAUCACAACCAACAACCCAAAUCAGCAAUCAUGAAGUGCAUCGCAGCUGUAGUCAUGAUGGCCUUUGCCGUCGCUGCCAAAGCCCAUUACGUUCCAUCGGUUUACGCUCACCAAGUGGCCGUUGCCCCGGUUGUGACCUAUGCUGCCCACCAUGCCCAUGGACCAACCGUUGUCCAGUCCAACGAUCAACACCAUGGAUGGGUCCACCACCAGGCUCCAGUUGUUGCCUACAGCAGCGGACACUGGGAUCACCACAAUGUCCACCACCAUCAGGUCCCAGCUGCUGUCAAUGUUGUCCCAGUUGCCUACAACAACCACUGGGCCGGUCAUCAUGCCCAUGCCGUGGCCGUUGCUCCAGUUCACCACCAGGAGGCCACCUAUGUUGCCGCCAACCGUGGAGCUGUCCACAAGGCCCCUCUGGCUGGACACAUCGUCAACCAGAAGUCUCUGAACUUGGCCGCUGCCCCAGGAACUCUGUAAAUCUGUUCAAUCUGUUUAAAUAGCCAAAGUCU